UCUAGCGCCUGACGCAGUCAAGUUACACACACCAUGAAGGCAUGUUGUAUUUGAGAUAAAAAUUUCAUUCAGAAUCAACUGCGCUGACACGAUGAUUUUGGCAAGGCACUUCUUAUUUCUUCUGUUGCUGCUACUCUUGUGUGACGAGUUUCUGUGCAACAGACAUAAGAAAAGAAUAAAUGCAAGAAAAAGAGGCCUUAAGCGUUUAUCGAAAAGUCGAAACAUGGUAAUUAAGUGCUGCGGAACUUCGUCAUGUACAAUUCCUUCAGGAAGAAAAAACGUUUCUAUGAGGUCUACAAUCAGGCACUUAUCAACAACAAUGAUUGACGAAGAAGAUGAAAGUAGUACUAAAGAUACAAUGAUUGAAAAUCCGACACAUGAAAACGCAUCACCAAAUGAGGCUGAGGGUGGUGAAACUACGGCUGCAAUCGUUUCUGAAGGGGAACUACCAGGAGACACUUCACCUGAUGCCGAGGCAUCAACUCAAAAAGAUGAGAGUGUAGAUUCUACAACUAUGGAACCACCUCCAGUUUCAGAAAACACACAAAAUUCACAGGCUUCUCCUGAGCUUCCUAUAGGCACAAAUCCAAUAAUGAUCAACCCUACAAGUACCUCAACAGUUGUUUCAACUCUUCCUGCGGUAUGCCAACCUUCAUGCAACAAAGAUAGUUCAUUGUUUAAUUCUGACGGGACUGUUCAAGAUUCGUCAUAUCAUGGAUUUUGGGUCACCACUUGUGGCAAACUGUUUGUAUUUGGAAAAUCGUUGGUGAACUGGGAGGAAAACGUAAACAAGUGCUGCAGCCUCGGAAUGAAGCCGAUUGCAUUCGAAAACAAAGACGAACUGGAAUGCUUUAAUAAAUAUAUCCAAAGUGGUAGUUGGAAAUACAACAAAUACUAUUGGCUUUUUAGCCAGAAAAGCACCAUGGACAAAACUUUCCGCUGGUGCAGCAACAACCAGGAGAUUUCAUCCGAACUUUGGCUUGAUAAAAGUAAAGCCAACGGAACUGAAAGUUGCCUGCAAAUGGAGAUCUCGACUGUGGCAAAUCAAGCUUUAUUGCUGACAAAAGAGUGCACAAUGUUGAAAGCUUUUGCUUGCCAGGGUUCAACAACUCCAAAGCCUAACAUUAAAUGUGCAACACCAAUUUGCCCAAGAGCCAACUGUUCAAAAGAUCCAACCUAUUUUAAAGCAAUGUUGGAUGAUGCAACUAUGUACUUGAGUGAACCAGCAAAACACGGAAUUUGGACCAAUGUGGGUUCCAGAACUUACAUGGUCAGCAAUGAAAGUGAUUUACGGACUUAUCAAGAGGCGGCCGCCGCUUGCUGCUCAAUAGGACUCAAGCAGAUUAGUCUCCAACAAAGCUAUUUGUACGAGAGUGUCAAAAAAGCACUAACAGGUGCGAAUGUGACAAGUGGUAAGUUUUGGACAUCCGGCACCGAUAUGGAAUGUGAAGGCAAUUUUGCUUUUUGCACUACAAAUAAGCUACUCGGUGCAGAGGCCAGGUGGUCUUCUACACAGAUGAAUGUCUCUGGAAAAUCUCCAAAUUGCGUAUCCUUGGAUGCAAACGUGGCACUUAGCAAAGAUUCGUGCGAUUCUAAAUUUCGAUACAUCUGCGAAGGCCGUUUGCCAACACCUUCGUUAGGAGCUGAAUCAAGACAGGAUUGUGCUACUUUAUAUGGACUAGCAAUGCCCGACGUUCGAAGGACUCUUGAGGUUGGGCCACUCAAUCAAAAGGAAAAUUGCUUUAUUUGGUGCUUUGCAGAGGAAUCUGGAGUGUUUGAAAAUGGAAAACUGGUCGAGGAAGCUAUCUUCAGUAUACUCUUUGAAUUAUCUCAAGGAAAUGAAACUAAAUUGAAGGAUAUGUACUACGCUGUUAACUUUUGCUUAAAUUUGACUAAAAACUUUGAGCCGUGCGAGAGAGCGGGAAGUUUGCUCAAGUGUGGCAGAGAAAAGGCAUCAGAAAUGAUUAACUUGCUCAGGGAUCGCGUGGAAAAAUCGGCCAAUGUCGAGACCCCAUUUUUGUUUCCGCCCAUGCUAUCGCAGUCCGCUUGUCCGGUGGACUACUCAUGUGAAAUAAACAAAACGCGACAAAUGCUGUUCCUGGCCGCAAGUAAUUUCUCUACGUUUGAAAUUCCUUCAGAAAUCAAAGGACAGAUCACUCCUGCUUGCAUGAAUACAUUUCUUGCCCUUCAAACCUCAUAUGACGUUCCUCUGAAAACCGCACUCCAAACAUGUUGCUCAUUUGGAUUACGAUUGGCGACAGUCGACAACAGAAGAAAAUACACCUGCAUGAUUGACAACAAAAUCACUGAUAAGUUAGGUGUGGACCAGCGGUUCGCAGUUGGCGCUUCUCGAAUGGGCAAUUUGCAAAAACCGGUGUGGUGCUACUCAAACGCUCCCUUUGACUUCAACUUAGGCGCAAACAAUAUGUCGAACGAUACAAGCCAAUUUGUCGUUUAUUUUUCUUUCGCAAACGCAAAUUUGUCGGCCGGCGUGAAUUCCAUCAAGAAUUUUAUUUGUGAGACGUCUUGAGAGUUCAAGUAGAAAAAAAGUAUGCGUUAAAUACUUUCUAAGAUUUGUUUAAAAAUUUGGAAUUUUGAGCCUCAGUGGAAUUUUUCAUACAUGUAUGAUAGCAGAGCUUUUUUUCUCAAAGAAAAAUUUAAAUUUUUUCAAAAUAUUGUAGCUGUGUAUCUAGAAACAUAAAACAUCCUUUAGUGCUAGUAUCAGUUGUUUGACUUUGACAAACAUAAAAGUGAAGAUUUGAAGA